AUGGGUCUGCCGCUAACUACGACUCCAACACCAGUUGCCACCACAACUAACCCCGUCACGUCCACCCGACUCAACCACACCACCAACACACCGCAACUUUACCACCACCACAACUAUAGCAUCACCACUAUAACCACAACAACCAUCACCUACCCCACCCCUACCCGCCCAAAGCUAGAACCGCCACAAACUCAAUUACCUCCCCCGCUUCUGAUAUCACCACAACAACUUCCACACUCCCACAACCACCAUCUCAACAGCCACCACAACAACGUCCACCGCUAUCGCCAAAAACCACCUCCACCAUUAUCACCAUCACUACCACCACCCUCCCAACCACCAGCACAACCAUCACCCCCUGUUCUUAUUCAAACCACCUCCAGCAUCAAUUUUACCACCAUAGCAAAAACCACCACGACCACACCCCGCCCCUCCCCGCCACAACGAACACCCACACCAACAACUACUUCGCGCUUUCGAGCAUUGCCAUAA